UCUGUCACGUCCGCUGGGAAGAGCAGGGUUGGCAGCAGGGGAGGAAGCGGAGUUGAGCAGCAGCGGACCCGGCAGGCUGAGCAGCACCGGCCCAGGACACACACGAAUACCGGACACCGAGCCACAGCUGUUUUGAAAGAUGACAUCCAGGAAGAAAGUGCUGCUCAAGGUCAUCAUCCUAGGUGAUUCUGGAGUCGGCAAAACCUCUCUCAUGAACCAGUAUGUGAAUAAGAAAUUUACCAACCAGUACAAGGCAACCAUAGGGGCAGACUUCCUCACCAAGGAGGUUAUGGUGGAUGAUCGGCUGGUCACAAUGCAGAUAUGGGACACGGCUGGACAGGAGCGGUUUCAGUCCCUUGGUGUGGCUUUCUACAGAGGGGCUGACUGCUGUGUGCUGGUUUUUGAUGUGACUGCUCCAAACACCUUCAAAACGCUGGACAGUUGGAGGGAUGAAUUCCUCAUCCAAGCAAGCCCACGAGACCCUGAAAACUUCCCCUUUGUUGUACUGGGAAAUAAGAUUGACCUUGAGAACAGACAAGUCACUACAAAGCGAGCACAGGUGUGGUGCCAAAGCAAAAAUAAUAUCCCCUAUUUUGAAACCAGUGCUAAGGAGGCUAUAAACGUGGAACAGGCUUUUCAAACAAUUGCACGAAACGCACUCAAACAGGAAACAGAGGUGGAGUUGUACAACGAAUUCCCUGAGCCUAUUAAACUGGAUAACAACGGCUCAAAGGCCACUGCAGAGAGCUGCAGCUGCUGAGACAGGGAAGGGCAAACAUGGCGUCCUUCACUAACCGAUAUCACACUUAGGCCUUCGAACACAAGACCCCAUUCCCUCCCUGCCCAGAGUGUAAAGGAUAAAUAUUAAUCGACUGCACCCUCUCCAGCUCCCAGACACCGGUCCAAGUGGUAACCAACACCUGUAUCAUAAGCGGAACACAUCCCACGUCCUCGUGGACUAUACAUCUAUGUUGGUUUAACCCUUAUGUUGUCAGGUGGUCUGCAAUAUGUAUAGCAUUGCUCCCCUCUUGGGUGCAAAGUGGUUUGACUUUAACAACCUACUGUGUUUGUUUAAAAAUAAGUUAAUUAUUUUUUGUUUCUGUCUUGUGGAGAGAGACCGGAAAACAGAUAUAUAUUUUUUUUUUUCUAUUUUGUUUUGUUCUUUUCCUUUUUACAGUUGUGCGUGUAUGUAUAAUUAACAUAUUACAUGAUCUAAAAAUAAAUAAACCUUUUAAUCAUUCUACGCCCUAAUUUGAAGGCUGUGACCAGUAAGGUUUCAUAUCCCAUACUCCUUUGCAAGCUCAGCACCCAGUCCCCAUUAGGUUUUUGAGUUUUGUAUGUAUCUGUUUAACGCUUUUGUUACUUUUUAACUAAUCAGAAAUUUUUACAGAAUCCAUUUAUUAUGUAUCGCUUGUUUAGGAGAAGAAUCAUAUAGAACAUGUUAAUAUAUGCAACCAAUUAAAAAAAAAAAAAAAACACAAAAAAACUAUGUAUAAAUUAGUGUAAGAAUCGAUACUUUUGUUGAUUUACUUAAUUAUUGAAGCACAGGUAUUUAGCCAGUAAACUAUGGACAUGGUAAUAUUGCUCAGCCUGCAAAUGUUGAGAAAACAGGUAGAAACUUCUGUUGUCACUCGUAGGAGCAGAUUUUGAAGUCUUGAAUAUGAAGUCUCUUAAUUGGCUGCUACCUGUUCAUUUCACUAUUUGAGCUGUCUGUCUUGUUUAUCUUAUCUCUUUCUUAACUGCAAUUAUAUCUGUAAUAGUGAUGUGCAUAUUGGACAUGAUAUUUUUGGUUAAGUGCAGGUAUUAUGUCAUCUUGUUUCUCACCCCUCUUUUCUUUUUCUUUUUUUUAAUAUAUCAUGUCGGCAGUCUGCAAGGGAGCGUUACUGCACUCUGAGUCUGGGAUAAUUUGGCAGUUAUUCUAGAGAGAUUUUCCUUGCUUGGGGUGUAAAAAAAGAGAAAAAAAAAUUUCCUCCCAUAUUUCACUGGCAGAUAAUGUACUCUGAGACUCUUCUCCUCUCCUCCCUCACCACUGUGCUGCGGAUCAGACUAUUGGUAUGAAACCCUUGGCAGUUUAGCUACCCUCUGUCUCUGUUGUUGCAUUUGUAGCUUGCUUUCAUAUGGAAAUUCUACCUUUUUGUUUUUUAUUUUAAUUUUUUUUUAUUUUAAUUUUUUUUUCCCAGCAGCCUACAUAAUAUUGUGUAGGUUUGGUUCUUCUGUAAAGAUGAAAAUAAUGCCAAUAAACUUAACAAGAAAAAUUAAA